AUGGCAGAAACUGAGAUAGUUAAUAACAAAAAGCUUACCCAAGGGUCUCGUGUUAGUGGUAAACCAUGGAAAACAGAAAAGAAGUCAUUGAAUAUUUCACUCAACCACAAGACCAACCAGCUUGGGUUCAAUGAGCGUAAACAACGUCAAGAACAAGAGAAACUUGUGAAGCAAAAGUUGGCGGCUAUGAAGGAAGAGAAGAUUAAUGAGAAAAAGGCGAAAACUGAGGAGAGAAAGAAAAGACAGGAGGAGAAGUUGGAGAAGGAACGUUACCAGCGACUUGCUGAGAAAUAUCACAAGAAGAAAGUGGAGCGUAUGCGUCGUAAGGAAAAGAGAAAUAAGUUGUUGAGUGAUGGGAAGAAGUAG